AUGGAUCCACUGCAGAAAUGGGAUCCACUGUUGAUUUCUAUGCCUUCCUGCAUGGCCACUGUGACAAGCUCCCAAGAGGCCUCAGCCUUCCCUCAGCCUUCCUCCUCAGAAAAGCUAAGUGUGGGGCUCAGUGGGCUGAGCCUCAGCCACAGCCCCGGCUCAGGUGUCCCUGCCCCUCUGUCACAGGGGCUGCUCCAGCAGCAGGCCAGGGAGAAGAAGGCCCUGUGGCAGCAGUACUGGGAGAAGCAGGGCUUUCCUCAGAGGAAGAAGGUCUUCCUGAGGCACUCAAGACGCUGGCACCGGGAUCACAUGGCACCUUACCUGCUUGAAAGGGAUGUCAGAGGAGGCAGAUCUCAGAAUCAGCUCCUCUGCCAGGGCCACGUGCUUAAUAGUGCUGGGGUGAGUGGAGAGAGGAACGCAGCUCCCAACCCUCCGUCCUGGGAAAUGCUGGUGCAGGGCUUCAGUGGCCUCACCCUCAGCCUGGGAGCCAACAGACCAGGCCCCCUCCUGGAGGGGCCUCUGCAGCAACAGGAACCAGAGGAGAUGUGCCAGCUAAAGAGGCAGCAGGAAAGUGUCAGGAUGCUCAAGUAGAGGGCAGGAGCAGGCUGAGGUCUGUCUGGCCCCCAAAAGAUGGAGGUGAAAAAAGGAUUCAGACAGUGCUGCACUUAAAGCUCAAGAGCCUGGACUCUUCUGACGUCAAGGCAGUCAGCUGCCUUUGGAUGAGCCCCAGCACUUGUGCUAGGAUGGGAACUGUCCUAGGAAAGGCCCCCACGUUGCUGCCUAUGUCUUUUAGCAUGCCUUUUUGGGUAUGGUACCAGGGAUCCCUGAAUGCCCAUGAUGUGAUUCACACACUGAGGGUUUUCACUGAUUUUCCUAGGAAAUCAGCACUGCUCCUUCCCAAGUUUGUCAAAUAGAACCAACACAACAUGUGUAUAUAUGUUUAUAUACGUAUAUCUAUGUAUAUGUGUGUAUGUAGAGAAGACAUACAUAGUAUAUAUGUCUUCCACUUGCCUUCUCAAUGUGCAUUUAUUGAGUGAUUCCCCACUAGGAAUCACUAGGUACUAUGAAAUGCAUGUGCCAGGUAAGAGAGGGAGGGAAGGAGGGAGAGAGAGAGAGAGAGAGAGAGAGAGAGAGAGAGAGAGAGAGAUUGACUUGCAUCUUCCAGAAACUGAAGCAAGAGAAUGCAGGCUUAAGGCACCUACCUACCCAAUGUAACUACCUACCCAGUGUACAUCCAGUGGUGUGAACCCAUGUGGAAGAAGAGAAGUUUUCCUCCUUAACCAUGGUGGUUAAUGGUGGCUCCCUGGUGGAAUUUCUCAUGUGUCCACUCAGUUAAUGGUCAUAGCAGACCUUGACGUGGGGGUUUGGAACUGUGUGCCUUCCCCCUUCCCACUCCUUCCCUCGGGCUCUUAAUCUGGUCAAUAAAAUAAAGGCACACAAGCGGUUCAGGAAAGCCAUAGUUUCAUUCAGACGAGGAUGCAAAGAGAUGAGAAGCUCAAGUAUGUCUGCUGGUAUGCAUGCUGGGGGCAGCAUGGACAGUCUGCAUGGGGGCAAGGACUGUAGUGAAGGAAGUUUUGGGUGGCAUCAGUUUGAGCUCAGAAAUUGGUGGUAACUGGUGAAUGUCCCAUGAUUUCCUGUAAUGACACUGUAUAUAACCGUGGCCUGGCUAUACACAUACUAUUGACUAGAAGCUGGACAGGGGAGCAUUUGGCCUUCAGAUUUUCCCUUUCUGGUCAAGGGCCAGCAGUGGAAAGUCCUCUAAAUGGGUUUAUUAGUGGUAGUACUGGGGAUUUGUGUGUGCUGUGUUCUGUAGCUCUGAAAGACACUGAUCAUCCAAAGAGAGCAGCGGGAACAGCAGAAUGCAUCCUUUGUUGAACUGAUAAAAAGGACAGCAUUUUACCUGCCUGAGGGCCACAGGGGGUUGGGGAGGAGACAAGACAGGGCUUAUUCAAAUGAGAAGUUGGCCAUUGUUCCAGGUUUCUGCCUAGCAGCCACUCUGUACUAGACACAGGAAUGCCAUGUAUGCUUAAAGGGAACCUGCUAUUAACCUCCAGGCUCAUUUUAUCUUGCUACUCGCUGGACUGAAUUGAAAUCAUGAUCAUGAUCGCUCUGGAGCAGUGCCCAGUGCACAGCCUCUGAAUGACAGAGACAGCUGGUGAAGACCUUCCUGCCAGCCAUUAUGGGAUACCUUGAUACCCAUGUGGGUAAAGGCUUAUGGCAGGAUAACCGCUGUCCCUGGACAUUUGACCCUGAGAAGCAGAGCCUCUUUACUGAGUAACAGAGGGAACAUGUGUGAGACCUGUCACUCUCUGUGCUGUUUGUCAUCCUUAUUCUUUUAUGGCCCUUGACCUGCAGUCUCUCUGUACAGGGCAUCACCUCUGUCUCUGUCUGAGCAGAGGGACAUGUCAGGGUGCACAUGUGUGUUUCAACUUCCCCACAUGGAAGUGAUUUGCUCUUUUCAAGUCUACAGUGUCCUGUGAUUGUACCAGACAGCAUGAAAUCCCCUGUUCCAACUGUGAAAACUGGUUCUCUUCUAUGAGCACCUGCCUCCUGUUGUUAAUGUGUACUGGAAUGUUAGCAAGUGCUUUUGUCAGAGAUUCUGAAACGUACGGAAACUGUGUAGUGAUCUCCACUCUAAUGCUGGAGACACCUUAUUUGUUCAAAUGAGGAGCUGGCCAUUGUUUGUGAGUUUUGUAACUCAUUGUCUAAGCCAUGCUACUGACUAUGUGAAGACUUAAAAUUCUAUU